GCCGGCGUGAGUCGGUACCACUGCGAGAUCUGCUGCCUGGGCACCGAGUUCGCCGUCCGGGACCUGGGCUCCACGACGGGGACGUAUUUCUACCUGAGACCACACGGGCACUUCCACAUGUUCCCGGGCCUCAUGGUCAAGCUCGGGGAGACCGAGAUGCAGGUGCUGUCGCAGGAGCCUCCCGGCAGCGACGCGCCAGACCUCGUGGUGCUCUUCUGCGAGGGCCCCCUGGCCGGGCACAAGGUGCACGUUCCCUCGACUGGCAUCACCAUCGGGCGCAGGCACAACAACAACCUUGUGCUCAUCGAGGCCGUGUCCGUGAUAACGCUCCUGACGUCCCAGUACUGCCAGCACCGGAAGACGUUGUCAUGGAUGUUGUUUGCAUAG